UGGCUGCGCGUUCCAGGGGCGCAGUCAAGCUUCUAUUGAAGCCUCGCUUUGCCUUGCCAUGCUUGUAAAUCCAGCUCGCUGCUCUUUCUUAAACGCCCCAAACCGGAAUGUGAUUAAUUUGCGGGGAGAAGAGAAGAAGCUUUUUCUCUUUUUCGAGGAGGUUUCAGCGUGCAGGAAGUCAGCAAGGGAACGUCUUUAUCGCCUGGAGAAAAAUACAGGGUCUUGGUGAAGGACCAUCCGCCUUGCUUAAUACUUGGAAAAAGUGAAAACAUGAAUGAUUAACAAGACUCUCCAGAACGUGCUGAUUGGAAGCCCAAGGAAUCGUGAGCAUUAUGCCUAGCUGGGUUAUUAUUUCAAGGUCUGCUGUUGCCACCUUGCCUGGAAGAGGACGCCUCUAUUCCAGAUACGUCCUCUCCCAAAAUCAAGCAUGGAAAAGUCUGUUUGCCAAAGGUCGUUCAGGUUGGUCCCCAGCAACCUGUAGUUGCAAGGCCACCCACGUUUUCCCUCUGGGAAAAGCGUUCCGACAUACUUCCACGGAGGAAGAAGACUUCUCUUUCCAUUUGACGCCAUCACAGAUCAAUGAGGUCCUCAGGGCGAGCGAGUUAUCCUACACCGUCCCUGAAUUUGAUGGGAAAAAUCCCAGCUCGGUGUUGAAAUUCGAGUCCAACCACCUGGGAGCCAACGUGCCAAUAGAAGACCGCCGAAGCGCGGCAACCUGUUUGCAGACAAGGGGGAUGAUGUUUGGAGUCUUUGAUGGCCACGCUGGCUACUCCUGUGCUCAGUCAGUUAGCGAGAGGCUGUUUUCUUACCUUGCCGUCUCUCUUCUCUCUCGGCAAACGCUAGAGGAGAUUGAGUCGGCCAUGGAAUCUAUGAAACCAAUCCUGCCUAUUCUUCAGUGGCACAAACACCCCAACGACAGCUUCUUCCAUGAGGUGGCCUCCCUGUACCUGGAGCAGCUCAGAGUUUAUUGGCAGGACUUACUGAACUCGGACACAGACCUUGGGCUGACGAUGGAAGAAGCUAUGAUCGGGGCUUUUAAAAGGCUGGAUUCAGACAUAUCGCUGGAAGUUCAGGCACCUUCCAAGAACGAACUUCUGAAGAACAUCGCUCUACAGGUGGCUUUCUCGGGCGCAACGGCUUGCUUAGCUCAUGUCGAUCAGCUUCACUUGCAUGUUGCCAAUGCUGGGGACUGCAGGGUGAUCCUGGGAGCUCAGAACCCCAAUGGCACCUGGUCUGCUUUACCUCUUACCCGAGAUCACAAUGCUUUCAACGAAUCAGAAAUCUCGCGGUUGAAAAGUGAGCACCCAACUUCUGAAGGGAACACUCUCCUUAUGAACGGCAGGUUGCUGGGCGUCCUUAUGCCUUCCAGAGCGUUUGGAGACGUUAUGUUCAAGUGGAGUCAGGAUCUGCAGCAGAGCAUCCUUAAAAACCACUGCAACCUGGAGGAUUUAAACAUCUAUGAGUAUGUCCCUCCGUGUUAUCACACACCCCCUUAUUUAACAGCUGAGCCGGAGGUCACUUACCACAAAAUCAGACGGGAGGAUAAGUUCUUGGUUCUUGCUUCUGAUGGCCUGUGGGACAUGUUGAGUAACGAAGAGGUGGUCCAGCUCAUUGCAAACCAUAGAGUUAAAGAUGAUGUCCAGAAAACUCAGCUCACUUUUAAGAAACCAACCAGUCUGGGGUAUGUGCAAGAUCUACUUCGGAGAAAGGCCCGGACUGCCCAGCCCUGUGACCAGAAUGUGGCGACUCACCUUAUCAGACAUGCCAUUGGUGCCAAUGAGUAUGGAGAGAUAGACCAGGAAAAGCUUAUGGCAAUGUUGACUCUUCCUGAUGACUUAGCACGCAUGUAUAGGGAUGAUAUCACUGUUACAGUGGUCUAUUUUAAUUCAGAUGUAAUUGAUAGCUACUAUCAAGAGGAUGAAGAAAGAUCCUGAGUUGCAUGAAUUCUGAGGGUCAGGAAGGGUUCGCUUCAAACAUUCUUGCACAAGAGCCUGACUCAUAAAAUCUCUGUCCUUCCUUCAGGGGGACCAAGUUUAGUUCUCUGUGAGCCUUGAAUUCCUAUAAAAAAUUAAUUCAUUUUUGGAUUGUAAAAUAAUUUUGGGGGCAAUCAUUUGAUUUUAGUGGAACACUUGGGUUUUGUAGUCAAUGGGGUGUCAGAGAGAAACUGGUAAUAGUUGUUUAAGUGGAGCCUACACUUUGUAGCUAGAAAUGUGCGAGUAGCUUGCGAUGUUCAAAAUGUCUAAAGUAGACCAGAAUGGCAGCUAGCACUCUCCCUU